CCUUCAGAGGGGGUGGCAUUCCUGCCGAGACUGCGUGUCCCCGGCAAAGGGGCCCCUAAGCACAAGGAGCUGCGCUCACGCCUGGAGGCCCACCCUGGGGGCCCGCGCCCUCACCUAUUCACGUGCCCCCUGCCUGGCCCUCGCUCCCAGCUCUUACCCCAGGAGUGGUGUCAGGUCCGCGUGGUGGCUGGUGACUGUGUGAGUGCAGAGGGCAGAUGACGGUGCGUCAGCUGGGACGGGACGGGCCCGGGGUCAUGGCGCCCACGCCGGACAGCAACAUGGACGGUGGCGCCGAGGCCCUGCUGCCAGACCUGCCCCAGGGGCCCCUGGACGCCUACCGGGCGCGCGCGUCCUUCUGCUGGAAGGAGCUGGCCCUGUUCCUGGAGGGGGCGGAGGCGCUGCAGCUGAAGAAAACCAUCUUCUCGGUCCUGGAGCGCGACCCCCUGUUCGCGCAGCCCCGAGGGGGCAUCACCGAGCUCUCCCUGGAGCAGUACCGGGAGCUCAACUUCCUGCGUGUCCGCCGCCUCCUGGAGCACGACUUCCUGCGGCCGGAGGAGCUGGCCGAGUGCCCGCUGCGCGCCCUGGCGCUCAUCGAGUGUCUGGGCAUGUACGACUGGUCCCUGGGCGCCAAGUUCUUCCUCCACAUGCUGGUGUUCACCUCGGCCAUCUACAGCUCCGGCUCCCAGCGGCACUUGCAGUACCUCUCCAGGAGCCUGCGGAUGGAGAUCUUUGGCUGUUUCGCACUGACGGAACUGAGUCACGGGAGUAACACCAAGGCCAUCCGAACCACGGCACACUACGACCCCGCCACACAGGAAUUCAUCAUUCAUUCUCCUGACUUCGAAGCUGCCAAGUUUUGGGUUGGCAACAUGGGCAAGACAGCAACGCACGCGGUGGUGUAUGCCCAGCUGUUCACGCCGGGGGGCCAGUGCCACGGCCUCCACGCCUUCGUCAUGCAGAUCAGGGACCCUAAGACGCUGCUCCCUAUGCCAGGGGUGAUGGUCGGUGACAUGGGGCGGAAGCUCGGGCAGAACGGUCUGGACAACGGAUUCGCCAUGUUCCACCAGGUGAGGAUCCCUCGCACGGACCUUCUGAACCGCACUGGGGACGUCACCCCUGAGGGCACCUAUGUCACCCCCUUCAAGGAUGCCAGGCAGCGCUUCGGGGCGGCCCUGGGCAGCCUGUCCACGGGCCGUGUCACCAUUGUGGGCAUGUCUGUGGCGAACCUGAAGCUGGCCGUGGCCAUCGCCCUGCGCUUCUCGGCCACCCGCAGGCAGUUCGGGCCCUCAGAGCAGGAGGAGGUCCCGGUGCUUGAGUACCCGCUGCAGCAAUGGCGCCUCCUGCCCUACCUUGCGGCCGCCUACGCCCUGGACCACUUCUCCAAGUCCCUGUUCCUGGACCUGGUGCAGCUGCAGCGGGGCCUCCUGGACAAGGACCGGGGCCCCCAGCAGGCUGAGCUCGGGCGGGAGAUCCACGCUCUGGCGUCGGCCGGCAAGCCCCUAGCCUCGUGGACGGCCCAGCGGGGUAUCCAGGAGUGCCGGGAAGCCUGUGGGGGACACGGCUACCUGUCCAUGAACCGUCUGGGUGCCCUGCGCGAUGACAACGACCCCAACUGCACGUACGAGGGUGACAACAGCGUCCUGCUGCAGCAGACCAGCCAGUUCCUGCUCAGCCUCCUGGAGCGCGGCGCCCGCGGUAGCGCGUGCUGGCAGAGCCCCCUGGGCUCCGUGGACUUCCUGCAGGCAUACCCUGACAUCCUGGGCCGGACUGCCACCUGCCCCAGCACCCAGGACUGCAUGGAUUCCUCAGCCGCCCUAGCAGCCUACGAGUGGCUGGUGUGUCACCUGCUCCGGGCCAGUUCGCAGCAGCUGGAGCGGGAACGGAGGUCGGGCCGCAGCGACUUCGACGCCAGGAACAACUGCCAGGUGUACCACUGCCGGCCCCUGGCUCUGGCCUUCCUGGAGCUCACGGUCCUGCGGCGGUUCCGAGAACACACACAGCGGCCCGAGGUGCCGGCCGGGCUGCGGCCGGUGCUGGGGCGUCUCUGCGCACUCUACGGCCUGUGGUCCCUGAGCCAGCACAUGGCGCUGCUGUACCGAGGGGGCUACUUCUCGGACCCCCGGGCGGGGCAGGUAGUGGAAGGCUCCAUCCUGGACCUGUGCACCCAGCUGAAGGAUGACGCGGUGGCCCUGGUCGACGCGAUCGCCCCUCCUGACUUUGUCCUGGCUGCCCCCAUUGCCAGAGCCGACGGGGAGCUCUACAAGAACCUGUGGGGGGCCGUGCUGCAGCAGCCGGGCGUGCUGGAGCGGCCCGCCUGGUGGCGCGAGUUCUCCGUGCACAAGCCCGCCAUGGGCAGCCUGAGGCCCAAGCUGUAGCCGCCGUCAGCCGUCCGGCGAGGAGACCAGGCCAGCACUCGGAGGCUCUGAUGACGCCUGGCGGGAAGGGCCGGGCCACUGUGCAGACCCUCCGGUGCCCUGCCCCGCCUGGCCUUUGGGUCUGCAGAGCGUCGGCCACUCGGGCCCUCCUGGUCAGUGCUCUGCUGCUCAGCGCCCAAAGAUUCAGAAGGAAAACGCAGACCCGUCCCCUUGCUUUCUUGUCGGGAAGUGGUGCCACCGGGACGGUUCUCACAAUGGGGACAUGUGUCAGGCUGCACUGCUGACAGCGAGACUGGUCUGGUCACAGCCCCCUCCAUGGCCAGCUCUCAGUGACCGGGACACUGGCCAGCUCUGAGUGACCGGCACACGGGCCCCUCUCUGAGUGACCGGCACACGGGCCCCUCUCUGAGUGACCGGCACACGGGCCCCUCUCUGAGUGACCGGCACACGGGCCCCUCUCUGAGUGGCCGGCACACGGGCCCUUCUCUGAGUGACCGGCACACGGGCCCCGCUCUGAGUGACCGGCACACGGGCCCAGUGUCCAGGUGUGGCCAGGGCCUCUGUCCCACCGUACUGGGAGCAGGUUCUGGCCCUGCCCCCGGAACCACGGCCAUGAAGUGUUGGCGUCUGAGACGUGGGGCACAGCAGGUCGCGCUGCUCCAGGCCAGCCUGGCCCCUGUGUCCCCUCAGCCAGGUGCAUCCCUGAUGGCUGCCGCGACCCCAGGGCUUCCUGUGUGAUUCGGCCACAUUGCCCCCCCCCUGCACCCGGCAGCCCCCCAUUCUGGGUGUGGCUGUGCCCAUCAGGGGGUGUCUUGGCCUGCUUUCUGUGGAUGGUGCCCCCAGUGCCCAUCCUGCAGUGCCAGGCGGGCAUCCAGAGGGCUGAGGACAGCAGGCGCCAGUGCCCACAGCUCAGCCUGAGCCUCUGCCCGGGCGUGUGGGCGCAAGGGUGGGAGGAUGGGUGAUGAGUGGGCGGCACGGGCGGGUACAUGUUGGGGCUGCGGGCGAGACCCUCUCCCGACCCUCCUCCGUUUCCCUCUCUUCAGGGACUAGACAGUGCCAUGAGUGAGCUCAGGCACGUGGGCCCCUCUGACUCAUGGGGUGACUGGGGGGACACGGGUCCCACAGCUGUGAUGGGCCCAGCCUGAGAACAGGGUGGUUGUGGGGAGAGGCCACGAGCAUCUUGCCUGGCCACUGAGAGGCUGGUCUCAGCCUGAAGGCCACCUCCUCCAGGAAGCCUUCCCAGCCCUGGUUCCUUUGUCCGGGUGGAACUUGGCGACACUUAGCUCUAACAUCUGUGUAGCAGACACUUCUGGACGCUCACCCCUGCCCUGCAGAUGGGGGCUUGCCUCCUUUCCUCCAGUCUGAUGGAGAGGAGCCAGGGUCCCAGAGCCAGGCCCUGGCCUGCCCGGACACAGGCUAGGGUUUGCAGGGUGGAGCUGGGGGUGCCCGUGGGGGGAGCAAGUGCUCCCAGCUGUUGCCAGUCACUGGGAGACAGGAAGCCAGAGCGCAGAGAGGCCUGAGCAACACCCUCCGUGUGUGGAGCGUGGGUUCCCGCUCGCUGGCUCGUGCAUUUCCGGGAACACAGACGCGCUGGCCCUGGGCCCCUCCUUCCCAGUGGCCCGGCUGGGUCUGCGCCCGCUGACCCCGGGUCGCCCUGGGUCAGCCUGCAGUUAAACCCCGGCCUUGACCUCCCAGGGACCUGCCCCAGCCAGCCCGGGACCCCUUCCAAUCCACAAUCCAAGCUGUACUCCGAUACUCCCUGGAAGCCCCCCCAUCACUCCAUGCCCGGUCUUCCAGCCUGCAGGCACCUCAGGUGCCCUGUCCGACCAUGCCAGCUUCCCAGUAUGGAGUCCCCAACCUCAGAAACUGCCCGCCCGCCCCCUGAGUCUGCAGCCUGGUUGGCUGUGUGCACAUGUGCGUAUGCAUCCCGUGUGUCUGCUUGCAUCUGUGCAAUAGUAUCUGCACAGUGAGUGUAUCUGUGUAACAGUGCCUGUGUGUGCAUGUGUGCAACAGUGUGUGUGCCUGUGUAACUGCAGCAGUGUGUAUGUCUGCAACAGUGUGUCUGCAUCUGCAACAGUGCAUAUGUGCUUGCGUGUGGACAGUGUGUGUAUGUGGACAGUGCGUGUGUGCUUGUGUGUGUGUGUGGAGAGAGUGUGUGCUUGCAUGUAUUGUGUGGACAGUGCGUGUGUGUGGGCAGCAUGCAUGUGCUUGUGUGUGCACUUGAGGGUGGCAGCAGUGUGAGCCAGGACGUCCAUGCGUGGGUGCCCAUUCGUGCAUGCAUCGCUCACCUAGGACAGAGAGGCGGGUGUGCUCUGAGCGUGGCCAGAGGUGGACAGUGCGGGCCUCAGCCAGGUGCCCUGCGGCCCCCCCUGUUGUGGUGGCCUUGAUCUCUGAGGGCGGGUGUUCUCCAGGGUGAAGCCAGCGCGUAGGGUCUGCUCUGUGGCACAGGGCUGGGGGUGCAGUGGGACCAUCAGAGACGGAGGCCACCUUCUCCCUGGACACUUCAGAGGGCCUUUUACGGCCCCUUUGCCAAUUUCUGAGUUGCUGCAACUGUUUGGCCCGAAGGAGAAACAGCUCAUCAGCUUGGACUGGGAGCACUUCUGGCCGAGGAGCAGCUGAGGCUCGGCACAGAGCAGCCUGCAGGUGCGGCUGGAUCCAGGCUCCUGCGGCCUGCCUCCUUGCCCUACGCCCCCGCGCCUCCCCUCUGGGCAGUUCUGAGGUUUGCCCCUGGGCUGGGGUGGGCUCUGGGCACUGCCCAGGCUGGCUCCGGGGAGCUCACCUGCCUCUUCGCAUGCCCCAGCCUUCACGGUGGCUCCCACAGCAGUGCCUGCUGGAGGCGGCUCAGGCCGGGCGUGGUGGCCUCAGCUGGCCAGGAGGCCUGGAGGAGCGGACAUGAUGUUCCUGUCUCAGGCACUGCAUGUGCCUGACCCGCCCGGCGCCAGCUGGCGGUGGGGGCCUCCCAGUGGGCAGCGGGAGGGCGCCACCCAGCUCAGCCCGCACAGAGAGCAGGGUGGGGUGUGUGUGUGUGCCUAUGAGUGUGUCUGUUCUGGUGAGCGUGUAUGUGCUGGAGUGUGUGUAUGUGUAUGAUCACGUGUGUACUGGUGUGUGUGAGCGUGUGACUGGGGGUCCUGUGGGGGAACAGGCUAGUGGCCUUCUGGCCGCCCACCUCCACGAGCUCCUAUCCCUCUCCCAGGCUGCAGGUGGCCUCCAGUCCCUUCCUGCUCACCCUGAGGCCCCUCUUUAAGCAGGGUCCUGCCCUCUCGGUCCAGGGGGAUACCGGGGCACAGCUCUACCUCCUUCUAGCCUUGAGGCCCCACGCCUGUCACACAUGAGAUCAGCUGAGUCUGUUGGUGUCAGAGCACGCAGGCAUCACCCCUAAAGAGGCAUCCUGUCCCCUUGACCCCACCGUCCUUCUCCCUGGUCCCAACUGGGAGGACCCCAGAGGCUGUCGGGAGGCGGGGGUCCAGGAGUCCCCUGAAGCCCAGGACAGGUGGCGAGUGUGGCUUUGUCCUGUGACAGCACAGCUGGGGGUGGCCGGGUCCCCUGGCAGGAGCAGCUGGGGUACACCACGCCCCACUCACCAGCAGCCAGCCUGGGGGAGGGGACAGCAGCACCCACAGAACCCCCCGUUAAUGCCCUGGGGGGUUCCCAGGGCAUGAUCAUCCACAGGGAGCCCAGGCCCCUCGGAAGGGCCCAGAGAAGCUGAGGGCCCCGGGGUGGCAGCAGCUCCUCAGGGCCCCCUAAAGACGGGGCUGGAAUCUGGCCCAGGACCUGGGGAGUCACAUGGCCCCGGGACAGGGACUCACAAGGGGCACAGGUGAGAGAGUGGCCCUGGCGCAGGAUGGGAGCCACCCAGAGCCUGCGCCUGCCUGUGGGGGAGUCUGGGGGGACCCCGUGGCUCACACCUCAGUGGGCAGACUGGGCUCACAGUACCUCUCCUGGGACUAAGUAUGCCCUGCUCCCUUGGGAUACCCCCUCCAGGCUCGUCCCCAAAGGAGAAGGAACUUGGUGGGUGCUCCAGGACUAUGGGCCAGGAAGCAGGCAUCAGGGACCAAGGAAAUCAGCCCGAGUGUGGGAAGACUUCCUGGAGGAGGUGGCACUGGAGUCAGGCCUCAAAGUCUGGGCAGAGAAGGUGGAGUCAACCCUCCGGGCACUAGGGUUCUGUCCCUUCCACUAGAGCCUCUGUGGACCCAUUUAAAAGAUGGGGGGAUGAAAGUCAUCCAUGAACAACUUUGUAACUGUAUAUCUCACAGCGAUUUCAUUUAAAAAAUUAAUUAAACCAUUUCUCCGCGCCCGCACCCCCAGAAUGACUGAUGAAGAGGAUGGAGCUGCUUGGGACACCGGCAGCCCACCAGCAACCUGCAGUAUGUGACUUGAGAGUUUCUGCCAGGUCCCCCGUGCGGAAAUCUCUCUCUCUCUCCUUCAACUUUUACCCUGGACUUUAGACAGAAACCCAGAACCGCGACCUAAUGUCAUCUUAGUAUCAGCAGUAUGUAAUGGUUCCUUCUUAAUGGGUCGGACUUUUGUGGGUGAUCCUAACAAGAAUAGUAAGUAUUUUGUUGAAAUAUUCAAGGCAAUCAAAAUGGUAGCCAUCUCUCUAGACUGAACUAAGCUAUAUCCCCACGCCGGCUGAGAAGAAAUAUCCUUCUUUCUCGGGAAGAAACGUGGCGUGGUGUCAAACAUAGUGUGAUGUCCAUUAAGCAAACAGACCUGGUGGCGUGGGAAUGGGAAAUAAGGGGAAAAAUUAGGUACAUGGACCAGCGGGACACUGGUGGUAUCUCGAGCCGGAGCCGAUAUCAGCGCAAGAGCUUUGGUUCCGGAAACUGCUUGCAGACACUCUACUAGACUAUCAACUAAGCCAGAGCCCCACGCCGGCUGAUGACGGGAAAUAACCAUCCUCUUCGGUUUUUUUUUCCCUUUGUCAGACAGCGUGGCGAUUACUAAACAGGCGUGAACUCGGUGGCGCGGGGCAAGGGGGAAAAAGAAAAGUUAUGUAACAAACAGCAGGACUUAAUAUCUCUAUAUGCUUAGUAAUGGAGAAUUAUCAAAUACCUCAUUGGCAAUAGGACUGUCUUUUUCUUUUUGGGGGGAAACCCCAGCAACGGUAGUGAGUUGUGUGUUGAAACUUGGAAUGUAAUCGAGAUAACGGCAAAUGAAGUGAAACUUAUCACGUACAAGGGUGGGGACUAGGGAGGU